AUGGAAAACUGCCUUAUCCCUUCUGAAGAUGUUGUUAAUUUGAAAUGUAAUACAACAGAUGAACAACCUCCUUGCUCAUGCUCCCCACAAUUAUUCGAUGAUACUUCAUUAUUACUCGUGCCAACAAUGAAAAAGAAGAAGAAAUUACUGAAGGAGAAGCGACAGGAUUUACAAGGGAUCCGUGGGUUGGCAAUUCUCUCAGUACUUGGAUUUCACUUUUUACCAUCUAUAUUUCCAAAUGGAUAUUUGGGAGUUGAUCAUGUUCUUCUAGGAAAUCGAAUUAAACAAUCAAUCAAGUAUUUUAUGACAUUUGUAAUGAUCGGAAUAAUGGUUUACCCAUACGAACUUUCUGAUAAAGUUAUGAGGCCAUUUUUCACUGUCACAACUGGAUUGCUGAUGACUAUCACGGAAAAUAACAGUAUUCUGUCAUCUGCACUGCUCACGUAUAUCGGCGAUAUAUCAUAUUCAUUGUAUCUGAUUCAUUGGCCAAUGUAUGCGUUUUGGAAAUUGGAUAUGAGUGAUGGAAGUGUGUGGAACGGUCAACUUAUUCUAGUAUUUCUAUUGGCUCUUCUCGUGUCGAUUCUUAGUUACGAAAUCUUCGAAAAGUAUGAGCAAGUUCGUUGUUUCAUGCAACAGCAAUCUUUCAGGUGGUAUCUGAAACUCGCUGCAAUACCGAUAACUUGUCUUUGUGUUUCAUUGUUUGUUUUGAACAUUCUAGUCUUGAACAGAGAUAAGAUUCAAGAUUGGAUAGCAAAUCGACAGCCGGGAAACUUCAAACGACUGGAUGGGCUGGAUGGAAACAGAACAUACAAUUUUGAAGAAUCUGAGUAUCUAAACAGACGGUGGUCCAAAGACGAUAUUAAAAAUUUGAUUCAUCCAACAUGUGAAUAUGAAACAGGAAAUGGACCAUUUGGAUGGUGUAGACAUACAGGUCUCAAAGGAAAAUUCAAGUUUAUGAUAAUUGGGAACAGUUGGGCAGCUAAUCAUGCUAGAAUUAUCUACGAGGAAUGCGGAUACAAAGCGAAAAGUAUUCUUCAAGGCUCUGCAAUUGGUUGUGAUCCGUUAUAUUCGUAUAGUUAUGGUGGAAAACGUUGCAAAGACAAUGUGAAGAUAUUCGAGAAACGAAUAGCAGAAGAGAAACCGGACUAUGUUUUUUUGUUGUCGAGGUUCAUUGAUAUCAGUGACUCUAUUAAUGCAACCAGUGUUGAAAAUGAUGUUAUAUAUCAGUCAAUGAAAAAACAAACUGAAAAGCUCAUGGAGAAUGUGAAAUACAAAAUGUUCAUUUUGACAUCGAUACCGGAAAUAGAGCACGAAAAUGUUGAGAAGAUUGUGAGAACUGUAAAAAACAGAAAGAAUCUUACCAAAUUUGAUAAGUCAUUUGUUCAUGCAUCUCCAGAAUCUGCUCGCCGCCGACAUUCCAAGCUUAUUGAAGACUGCAAGAGAUGCAUUCCAAUUGAUUACAAACCGUUAUUCUGGAAUACAACAACGAACACGUGGAGAUAUUAUGAUGUGAAGAACAGUGGAUUGAGUUAUAUGACACAGAUUGAUCAUUUGAAUUUUCAUGGAUUAGAACUUGUUCGAAGUCUCUAUACUAGUAUUUGCAAAAAACUUUAA